AUGCUCUCCCUCCACAGAUUUCCCAUUCUUUGCAGUCGACUGACACGACAGACAGCCAGACUGCAGCCAAGAAUCAUCUACCACACCGCCGGUUUCCACGUCCUCAACACCGACGGCGACGUCAAGAGACAAUCCAGACUCGCUGUCCAAGACCUUCGGCACCUCUUUCCCAACUCUUCCGUCACCGUUGAGACUGUCUGGCACGGCGACACUGCACAUACCGUCAUCGACAUUCAAGGCGGUUUCAUCGACAGCGACAGGUAUGCCACGGGUUUUGAGAUAAUGAAGGACCUUUUCAUGGGCCACUCCAUUUCUACGUCGACCACCGAGCUGCCAAUUCUUGUCGAGUAA